AUGGUGAAAAGGAAAGGCGGAUCUAACAUAAUAUCACAGUUUGAUGAAGUCCCAGAUAAAUACGAAGAUGAAGUAUUGGAAGCUUAUGCAAUAAUAACAGAAGAAUCGGGUGACUUCUACCUCAAACAAAUGAAGAAAUUCUUCAAUCAAUUAUCAAUUCCAAAAUGCUUUACCUCAGACAUAGUUGAAUGUGUAGAUUCAUUUUAUGCAUUGCAAGGGUCUUUAUACGCGUCCACUAGUCAAAAGAGGGAUAUCAUUUUGCAGAUGGUGUUGGCUUUCACUAUCACAGGAAGUAUAACUAAUGAUGAUGACAUUAUAGAUAUUAUUGACGUAGAUAAAUUGAUUAAAUAUAGUAAUAGGUUACUAAAGUAUCGAGACAAUUUCAAUGUAAUCAAAGAAACAUGGAAGUUGUUCGUACUGGAUGAUAAUUUCAUUCUGGCUAAACUAUCGUUGCCGGAAUUGCAGAAGAUCAAACAAUCUUUGAAUCUCGAUCCCUCAUCAUUGAAUGACGGCUUACUUAUUGAUAUGUUAAGCUCUUGUAAAACAGAUGAGGAGGGUACGAUGCAUAAUUUUGAUUUAGGAAAAUCAUCUAACGGACUUUACAUCAACAUCAAAGAUUUCGCUUGUAUAUUAGGAAAUUUGGGAGAAUUCGAUUAA